AUGAGAGACCGGCCCGUCAUCAGCAUCAAAAAUUACACCAUAUACUGCGGCGAUGCUGAUGAGAACAAAGCAAGUGGCUGGGCGAUAGCUGUGAGGAACGAUUACAACAACAUGGUGGAGAAAUUUGGUUCAACGUCGUCUAGAUGCGCCUUUGUACGACUGCGGGAUCACAGAGGAUGUAAACUCUGGAUCGUAAGUGCUCAUGCACCUACGGAAACUGAGGACAACAGUAAGGACGCCUUCUAUGAUGAACUCAAUGCGUUGAUGUCUAAAAUACCAAGCCAGCAGGUGGUUAUUAUCGGAAUCGACGCAAAUGCGAAGACGGGAUUCGAACAGCAAUCCGAUGUGCCAGAAAAAUGGUAUUAUCCAGCGGAGCGCACGUCGGACAACGGUGACCGUCUGAUCGACUUAUGCGAACAGACGGGUCUCUUCAUAGCUUCCACGUUUAAGAGGAAUCAUCGACGCCAUCAGCUCAAGUGGCAAGGAUCAACCAUUUUAACGCCUGAAGAGCAGCGCAAGCGGAAGAAGAGGACUCUUAAACUUCAGCUCGACUACGUUCUGGCGAGGAACAUUCCUUAG